CGACUGCUGCACUUUGAAGUGCGUGUGUUGUGAUCAGUGAGCUGCUGAGUUCCGGACUGAAGACACGCACUGGGACGUUCGCCCCUCAACAGCCUCUGGACUCUAUGAAGUGGUGAUUGUUUACGCACCCACAGACAGGACUCUCUGCCCGCGUUACGCGCAGCACGCGGUGGAUGUUUCUAUUCACUCUUUGGUCACUUGUUUAAGAAAUAAAGGGGAAAAGAAUUGGAGUAAGAGUCUGUAAAGGUGGACAUGCACCGGGACUGAGUGGCUUCUCCGUCCUUCGGGACAUUUUUUGAGGACGCCCCCAGCUGUCGUUUGGUGGCUGCAUGGAUUAUUUUGGAACAAGUAACGCACUCCGCACCGACAGCGCAGCGCCCUCUCUCAAAUGAAAUAUCUGCCCUUGGGAUCAACUGCGGAUCGUGUCAGUAAGCGGAUCGUGCUCAGCGAGAACACACACUCUCCACACUCUCGUCCCGGUGUCCCGGUCUCUUUGUUGACCCCCCACGACCCACUUCGCCAGGCUAAGCGGCUCCCAAUCCGAGUCCUCAAGAUGUUGACUGCGCACACUGGACACUUGCUGCACCCGGAAUAUUUACAGCCUCUGACGUCCUCACCAGUGAGCAUCGAGCUGGACGCCAAGAAGAGCCCUUUGGCCCUGCUGGCGCAGACCUGCUCUCAGAUUGGUAAACCAGACCCUCCAUCCUCCUCCAAGCUGAGUUCCUCCGGCAGCCAGGGAGACAAGGAGUCCAGCAGUCGCUCAGCCAUCUCCAUCCUGAAGCUCGGGGAGCGCCGUCCCUCACUGGACGACAAAUCCAGCUUCAAGCCCUACAAUAAAGGUAACGGGGACUGUCACAAAGACGGAGUGACCAGCAGUGGUGAUAAAGUCGGGUUCAGAGUGCCCAGCAAUAAUGUGACCUCUAAUGGAAACUCUACCAGUGGCCAGCAGUCCUAUCCACCCCACGCUGCCUCACCAAGCUCUAGAGCCAAUAGCAGCUCCCCACCAGGACAAACUCAGCAGCACGCUCACAAACACAGCCAUUCCCCUGGUGGACAGUCCUCGUCACACACCCACACUCCCAAUGGAGACGCUGCACAUGAGCGAGGCAGUCCCACCAGCAUGAGCAGCAGCAAAAAAGACGCUGACGUAAACAAGGCCAACUCAGACAGUCCUCACCACGCAAACUCCAGCCACGUCAGAGCCAGCACCAACUGCAGUAACGGCAGCUCUGACGGCGGUUCCAACCACGAGGGAGGUAAAGCAGAGCCCGCCCAGCCUAACCUCACCUCGGGACAUAUUACACCCAUUUCCCCUUACAAAACCAGCCAACCACUCUUCCCCCUGCCCUCCUCUAACAUGGGCUACCAUGGAUCUGUCGUGGGAGCCUAUGCUGGCUACCCGUCUCAGUUUGUUCCCGGGCUGGACCCGACAAAAUCGAGCCUCGGUGUUGGAAGUAUGGGCGUCCCCGGAAAGCACCCGAGCUCCAGCCCUCUCACAGGGGCCUCUCCUCCCUCCCUCAUGCAGGGUCUAUGCAGGGACCCCUACUGUCUAAGCUACCCAAGUGUAUCCCAUCUGGGUGGAAGCAACUGCAAUUCCUGCAUCCAUGACCCAUCCUCCUCCCUCAAAUCCAGCUUCCCAUUGGUGUAUCCCUCCCACCCUCUCCACUCUCUCCACCAAAGCUCCCUGUCAUCCUCCGCAACCUCUUCCCUCUCCCAUCCCCUCUACACAUAUGGCUUCAUGCUCCCUAAUGAUCCCCUGCCCCACGCGUGUAACUGGGUUUCAGCCGGAGGGCCGUGUGACAAACGUUUCGCCACUUCAGACGAGCUGCUGGCUCACCUCCGCACGCACACAGCCCUGCCAGUUGGGAUGGACAGUAAGCUGCUCGCUGUUUCCUCCUCUGGCCCGGCCUCCUGCCACCUUCACCUCCCUCAGCAGAGUAGUCCAGGCUCCAUGCCCAGCUCGCUCUCUCUCAGAGCUCCUCCCAGUCUGGGUUUAGCUCGCUAUCACCCCUACGGCAAAGUCCAUCUGCCCCCUGGUCCCCCGUCCAUCUCCCUGCACUCUCUUCCCACCACAGGCCCGUACUAUCCUCAUUACACCCUCUAUGGUCAAAGACUGGGAUCUGCAUCUGCACUGGGAUACCAGUGAUACAACAUGGACUCACGUUGAAUUGUUUGACCAUUUGGGAAAUAUGCUUGUUUGCAUUUUGGUGGAGAGUUAGCUGAGAACACUGCUGU